UAUUUAAAUUAAUGUUAUUUUAUUUACAUUUUUCUCCUGUUAUUUUCAAAUGGGAGCAUAAAAACUUUCGUUUCGAAAAGUUUACGUUAGCAGUAUAGUCAGGUAACAGAUAAAAUGGCCUUUGCUUAAGUAAAAGAAAAAAAUACUGUGAUAACAGAUGUGAUAAUAUAAAAUUAACUUAAAGACUUCAUUUCUCUUAGUAACAAGCAAUUUCAGCUAUAUGAUUUAUUUGUGUUAAGAAUGGAUUCAGUACUUGCAAUAAAUAAUUUUUUUCGAAAUGCAGCAAAGGCACUAUUAAGGAAGUUUAGGAGCAUUCUUCAAUGUCUUUACAAAUGCCACUACUUAAAAUGUCUUUGUUAUUAUGCACUAGUCGAGAAUAUGACAGAACAGGUGUCAUCAACUCAAAGUAAUGACUCUGAACAAAUAAGAGUCUUAACUUUAAAUAAUGGUGAACAUCUUGAUGGUGUAUUGUAUAGAUUAAAAAAAGGAUGGAGAGUGGAAUUUCGAUUAGGUGCUUCUCUUCUUGGGAGGACCCUUGAUCUUUUCAUAAAUCAUCCUUUAGGUGGAACUCAACAAUUUGAAAGAUACACGUACUAUUCAUUAGAAUGGUUAAAUGAGACAGCCAGCAUAUGUUUGUCUUUGGCUGGUUCAUUCCAUUAUUAUCUUACAGAUCCUAAUGCCGAAGGUGUAAAACCCAUUGCUUCUGGAUAUCUGUUAGUGGAUCCGGAACUUAAAGUAGGAGAAAAUGGAGAAAACCUGCCAUUAGAUUGUAUUCAAUGUCAAACCGUUUUGGCAAAAUGUUUAGGACCUUUCUCCACCUGGGAAAAUAAGCUGUUAGUAGGUCGAAAUUCUGGUUAUAAUGUAAUUCAUUUCACACCAAUUCAGGAAUUGGGAUAUUCUAAAUCAUCUUAUAGCCUUAGCGAUCAAUUAAAAUUAAAUCCUUCCUUUAAUGAUGAUGAUAAACCAGUUACAUUCAAUGAUGUUGAAGAACUUGUUACUAAAAUGCGUAAUGAAUGGAAUGUGUUGAGUAUAUGUGACAUUGUUUUAAAUCAUACAGCUAAUGAGAGUCCUUUCUUAGUGUCUCACCCGGAAUGUACAUACAAUUGUUUGAAUAGUCCUCAUUUGCGUCCUGCAUAUAUUUUGGAUGCUGCAUUAUUUGAAUUAACAGUACAAGUAGCAGCUGGAGAAUGGGAAUUUAAGGGUAUUCCAUCAGUCGUUGAAACUGAAGAACAUUUAAAUUCAAUUCGACAUGCACUUCAUACAUAUUUUCUACCGCUUGUAAAAAUACACGAAUUAUAUAUAUUAGACAUUAAUGAAACUAUUGCUGAAUUCUUGAAUUCAGCACGAAAUCAAAUGCCUCAGGAUAUUAUUGAGCCAAUAUUGAAAGACAUUAAAGUGAUACAAGACCCUAAAUUCCGCAGGCUAAAAGCAACUAUAAAUAUGCAACUUUCGCUACAAAAAUAUAAUAUAUAUAGAGCUGACUGUUUUGACGAAGAAACUCGUUUAAAGCGUUGUGCAGAAGAUUUAAGAAAGAAAUUACAAGAACUUAAUGAUGUUAUCAUUAAUGAAGUACAAAAUAAUCUGAAUGCUGCAGUUGAAAAUACAAUUGCUGGUAUAAGAUAUUUUAGAGUACAACCGGAUGGGCCAAGAGUUAAAGAAAUAAGUGAAAGAAAUCCGCUUGUUCCUAGAUAUUUUACUGACUAUGGAGCGCCUCAAACAUUAACCGAAAGAGAAGCAACAAUGUACUCAGAUGCAGGAUGUUAUCUUAUGGCUCAUAAUGGGUGGGUGAUGAAUGGUGAUCCUUUGAAAAAUUUUGCUGAUUCCGAUUCUAACAUCUAUAUAAGAAGAGAACUUAUUGCGUGGGGUGACAGUGUCAAGUUAAGAUACGGAGAUAAACCAGAAGAUUGUCCCUUUUUAUGGCAACACAUGACUACUUACAUUGAACAGACGGCUAAAAUAUUUGACGGUAUUCGUUUAGAUAAUUGCCAUUCAACACCUAUUCCAGUUGCAGAGUAUCUGCUUGAUAUUGCUCGACGGAUCCGUCCAAAUCUAUACGUCGUUGCAGAAUUAUUUACUAAUUCUGACCAAAAGGACAAUAUAUUUGUUAAUCGACUUGGUAUCACUUCUUUAAUUCGAGAAGCCAUGUCUGCUUGGGACAGUCAUGAAGAAGGUCGAUUGGUGUAUAGAUAUGGAGGUGAACCGGUUGGAGCGUUUUUACAACCACGUAAACGGCCUUUGGUACCUGGCAUAGCACAUGCCCUCUUCUUAGAUCUAACUCAUGACAAUCCAAGUCCAAUGGAAAAACGCAGUACGUUUGAUUUACUGCCAAGCGCAGCACUCGUAUCAAUGGCAGCAUGUGCUAGUGGCAGCAACAGAGGAUACGAUGAAUUAGUUCCUCAUCAUAUACAUGUAGUAGAUGAAACAAGACAAUAUGCUUCCUGGACAGAUGAUGAAUGUUUGGCAGGUGGUAUUGGACUCGUAGGUCUAAAGACUGGUAUAAUUGCAGGGAAAAAAGCAUUAAAUAAUCUGCAUUAUACUCUCGGACAACAGAACUUUUCGCAGGUUUUCGUUGACCAAAUAGACAGCGAUGUUGUAGCUGUAACAAGACAUUCUCCAACGAGUCAUGAUAGCGUAGUUUUAGUCGCUUUUACAGCUUUCAAGCAUCCAGAUUCUAAUGCUAACGAUUUAAGAAGACACGUAAAACCAUUGCGAGUAGAAGGAGUAGUGGAAGAAAUUAUUUUAGAAGCAUCAUUGUCUUACGUGGGAGUAAAGAAUGGCACUUCACCUUUCCACUACCCUGAAAAAUACGCGCGAGAUGAAAAUUAUAUAAAUGGUUUCUCGGAGUAUACUUUAAAUCUCAAAGAACAUAUACAGAUUUGUGACUCAGAUAUUUUGGAAAAAGUUGAUUCCGGAGAUCCUAAAAUAACUCAACUGAAUUUUGUAAACUUUCAACCUGGUUCUAUUAUUGCUAUACGGGUGUCGCUGCACGCUAACAUAAAGCCUGCUCUUGCAAAACUUCAUAAUACUAUUUCGCUAGUAACAUCGUCGAAAAGUUCAGAUUUACGUGUUAUUGCUUCUCGUAUGGAUUUGGUAGAUCUAAACAAAGCUUUGUAUAGAUGCGAUCAAGAAGAGCGCGAUGAAACCUCAAAUAAGUUUGGCGUAUAUGACAUUCCUGGAUACGGCCCCCUUGUUUACGCAGGAUUGCAAGGUGUUAUUUCUUUGUUGGCGGAUAUUCGUCCAAAUAAUGAUUUAGGCCAUCCGCUGUGCAUUAAUCUCAGACAGGGUAAUUGGUUGAUUGACUACACAUGGCAACGUUUAAAAGAAGACGACGGAACUAAAGAUCUUGGAAUAUGGCUUGAAGAAGCAACAGAGCCAUUUAAACUAAUACCUCGCUAUUUAGUACCCAGCUAUUUCGACGUUAUAAUCGUGAAUGUUUAUAUGACUCUUCUUGAGCAAUGUUAUAGUUUAACAUCAAGCUUCGUGAAAGAUGGUUCUACCUACGUAAAACUUUUAUCUUUAGUUUCAAUACAAGUUGGAGGCGUUGUAAGAUCAGCUCCAUUACCGGAUUUAUCUCCAAAUUUAGAUUCUCCUAAACCAACAGUUAAACAAUAUAAUGGUGAAAGCGAACAAAUGUGCAUGACAUUAUCUGCCGGUUUGCCACAUUUUGUAACAGGUUAUAUGAGAAAUUGGGGAAGAGACACAUUUAUUGCUUUAAGAGGAUUACUUAUAUUAACAGGCAGAUAUAGUGAAGCACGAUUCAUUAUUCUUGGUUAUGCAGGAACUUUACGACAUGGUCUCAUUCCUAAUCUACUGGACAAAGGAAAAAACGCUAGAUAUAAUUGUCGAGAUGCUUUGUGGUGGUGGCUGUACACAAUACAAUGUUAUAUACAAGAAGUGCCAAAUGGUUUGAAAAUUUUAACAGAUAAAGUCUCAAGACUAUUUCCGACUGAUGAUUCUCCACCAUUGCCUGCUGGUCAAGUAGAACAACCGCUACACGAUGUCAUUCAAGAAGCUCUCUUGGUACAUUUUCAAGGGCUUUGCUUUAGAGAAAGAAACGCUGGGAGACAAAUUGAUGAACACAUGACAGACCGUGGCUUCAAUAAUCAAAUUGGAGUACAUCCAGAUACUGGAUUUGUGUUUGGCGGAAAUGAUGCGAACUGUGGUACAUGGAUGGACAAAAUGGGAUCUUCUGAGAAAGCUGGUAACAAAGGGAAACCUGCUACUCCAAGAGAUGGUUCAGCUGUUGAAAUAGUGGGGCUCAAUAAGAGUAUCCUUAGUUUCUUAGCUGAACUGUAUAAGCAAAACCUUUUCCCUUAUGGCAGUGUACAGAGAAAAAACCGCGAUGGAUCUGUGGUAACAUGGAGUUAUAAACAGUGGGCAGAUAAGAUUUCACUGAACUUUGAAAAGUACUUCUAUAUUAAUGAAACACCAACAGAGGGAGAGCUGAAACCAGAACUUAUUCAUCGUCGUGGAAUUUUUAAAGAUAGCCAUGGAGCAACACAAGCAUGGGCUGAUUAUCAACUACGGUCAAAUUUCCCUGUUGCAAUGGUGGUUGCUCCGGAGUUAUUUAAUCCGCAACAUGCAUGGACAGCGCUGAAAAAAGCAGAAGAAAUUUUGUUAGGACCGCUUGGAAUGAAAACAUUAGAUCCUGCUGAUUGGGCAUAUAAUGGAUAUUAUGAUAAUUCUAACGACAGUGGAGAUACUAAAUUAGCUCAUGGUUGGAAUUAUCAUCAAGGACCUGAAUGGGUUUGGCCCGUGGGUUAUUUCCUUCGAGCUCAAUUAUAUUUUGCUCCAUUAGUCGGAGGAAAAGAAGAAUUACGUCGUACGGUCGAAUCAAUCGAAACUAUCAUUUCUCGACAUUUUAUAGAGGCGUCAACAAAUUAUUGGAGAGGUCUUCCUGAACUUACUAAUAAUGAUGGACAAUUUUGUAAGGAUAGCUGCAGAACUCAAGCUUGGAGUGCUUCUUCUAUACUAGAGGUUCUUUACGACUUGGACAAGAUUAAACGGGAGUUUCGAUCUGAAGAAAUUGAAAGAACGAAUUGAUAUAAUUUUGCGUGUGUUCACCACCGCCAAUUACACUUAGAACGUUUGCAAUUAGAGAAAGAACAUAGAAUUAGACAUAAAGAACACGAUGAUAAAUUGCACCUCUCUAACACAAUUAUAGAGAAACAACGCACGGAAACACACGCAUAUGGUAUUUCGCACAUAGGCAAGUCAAGCAUGCCAUCGUGCAAGUUUGGAACCGUUAAUGUGAGUUCUACAAACGAUAGCUCUUUUUCAAUUCAGGAACCCGAAGAAAUUCCAAGUGAAUCAGACGUCAAACAUGAAUACGUAUCUUCUACUUUUGUUACUAAUGCAGAAGCGAUUGAAACCUCAUCGAAUACUAUAGAAUUUUCAACGAUAUUAGAAAACGAACCUCACAAAUCAACAUUAUCUUUAAAAUACGUAAAUAAACCGUUGGAUAAGUUUAAGAACGAACUGAUCGAUAAAAACAAUAUACUCAUAAAGAAACAUGCAGACUAUAACACAAAUAUAAAAUACUCAUCAAAAGUGGAUCACGUUUAUGAAGAAGUCAAUGCACUUGAAUGUGAUAUUAUGGAUUAUUAUGAAAAGUAUAGUCCAACUACAGCAAAGACUUUAAUAAAUACACUUUUUCUUCCACGACAAAAAAUUUGUAAACAAUGCGCCAGUUUAAAAGACAGUCCAAUAUACUCUGACCUUUUAAUACACGGGAAAAAAGUUUUGUAUGCCAGGGAAGCUCAUCAGUUUCAACAAAAUGAUACUGUGUGCUUUAAAUACUGUUCAAAAAAUGGUAAACAUGGCAGCACAUUAUUUUCGCAGUACGAUAACAAUCAACAUUGCUUGAUAGUUUAUAAUUACUUGAAAACUAAUGCCUCCAGCAUAUUCUAUUUUUAUGGUCAACUGCAAGAUAUUUUUGAUCUGAAAACGGCAUUAAAACCAAAUAUUAUUCUCAUAAACGGCGAUGUGAAGGGCAGUGUGAACACAGAAUUGUAUCAUCGCUGUGCAAGUAAUUUCUAUAAAAGAAUAUCUGAUAAUGGCAUUACACCCAUGACAUUUCAUAUAAAUCAUAAUAAUAUUCUGAACACUAUAAAACACAUUGGAUAUAACACCGAUUUGCAGAAUUGGAUGAAUUACCGUAAUGAUGUUUUUCGAUCUCACAGUCUGAAACAAGAUGACGUGAUCGAACACCGUGCAAAUCGGUCCAGUUUAUUAUUGUUGGAACCAUUACUAUUAAUGCCAGAAUUAACGAGUCCUAGGUACAGACACGGAAAAAACCGUAUCUCGCAAUCAGAGCACGUAAAAAUAAUAAAAAUAGUGAUCGCUUAUACUCUUUCAUUCUUCAUUUUAGCAACAGUUACAUUUUAUAUAGUUUACUUUACAUGAGAAUUAUGAUGGUCAUGUGAAAUUAGAGGGAAACACUUUUACUUAGUUUAUAAAAAUUAUUUAAAAUACAAAUAAUACUUAUUGGUAUUAAUUGAAAAAAUUAUUAAAUUAAAGGAUCCUAUUGAAUAUAU